AUGGAAGAAACUUGUACACACAUAUCGUGGCCUACCAGGCUGAAAAUAGGAGCAAAAUCUAAAAAAGAUCCACAUAUUCGUGUUGCUGGUCGACCUUCAGAUGUGAAAAAUGCCAAAGACAUGGUGAUGUCUGUUUUUGACACACGAAGCAACAGGGUGACAAUGAAACUGGAUGUCAGCUACACUGAUCAUUCACAUAUAAUAGGAAAGGGAGGUCUGACAAUAAAGAAAGUAAUGGAGGAAACAGGUUGUCACAUUCAUUUUCCUGAUUCGAAUCGCAGUAACCCAACUGAAAAAAAUAACCAAGUUUCAAUAUCUGGUGAAAUGCAAGCUGUGGAGAAAGCUAGGGCAAGAGUAAGGAUGCUGACACCACUUAUCUUUAGUUUUGAAUUACCUGUAGUGGAGCUUGCACACUGGGACCCAGCCUCAGCUUAUGUACAACAGCUGCAGCAUAAGUACAAUGUACAGGUGACUUUCCGUACAAGAGCUCGUCUUAAUGCGACCUUGGUUAUGGUGAAAGGCUGCGAAUGGGAAGUGGCUCAAGUAAAGGAAGCGACACUUCUUUUGGUGUCGCAUCUCUUUAGAGGAGCAGUGGAGCAAGUAGUAAUGCAGAUGACAAUUGAAAUAUCACCUCAGCAUCACCCAAUUGUUUUGGGAAAGAACAGAGAAAACUUAAAGCUUAUAAUGCAACGAACUGGAACACAAAUACUUUUCCCUGAUGCUGGUGAUCCUGGCAUUCCUAGUCUGAAGAAAAGCAGUGUAAACAUAACUGGAACAAUACAUAAUGUUUACAAAGCCAGGCAGCAGCUAAUGGGAUCACUUCCUUUGUUGCUGAUGUUUGACUUGCCUGAAGAUGUUAUUGUGGAUCUAGAAAAAAUAAAUAGUGUGAUGGAGACCUUGGAUGUUCAUAUCAAUGUUAGACACAAGCCUAAGCAGAACACCCUUUCUUUAAGUAUAAAGGGAAUUGAGCGUCAUGCAAGCAAGAUAUAUGAAGCAAGAAAAUUGCUACUGAGCCUCAAGGAGCCCUCAGUUCAUGCUGAUAUACCAGACUCUUACUUCAUCCCUGACGAUCAUCCAGUAUUUGAAGUCAACAGUAGUGGAAAAACAGAUAGUGAAAAGUAUGACACACCACUGCUGAUGAACAAUAAUUACCAGUGUUCACCGUGUUCUUCAGGAUACAAUUCACCAUCACUUCCACUGCUCUCGCCAGACCUAGCUAGUCAGGCUACUCCAUGGGGAUUGUCAACAGUUUUGCCUUCUCUACCGAGCCCAUAUCUUCCUCCUCAUCUGUUGAUGCAGCAUCCUUCAAUUCUCAGCAGCAUGUCUUGCAGCAGUGGAUAUGCCACAAAUUCUCCACUAAGUCAUUCAACUAGUCCAGUAAGAAGUCCUGCAGAGAGCCCAAGAACAAAAAGUUGUUCUCCAGUGCAGGAUGACACUCUCACAAAUAUUUCUGGGCUUGGAAAUGCAUUGUUGGAUCUAAUGGACUGUGCUGAUCUCAGGGCAUCUAGCUGUGAGAAGAAAAAUGUGGAGAUUGUAACACAGCAAACAAGUCUCUUUGACUAUGACGAGAAAAGAAAUAUGGCCUUAGAAGCGAUUCAGAAACCUCUCGGAACUAAUUUAAGAACUCCAACAUCACUGUGGUCUGGAUAUGGCUUCAGCCAGUCCAGUCCAACACCAGAAAUGAAACCAAAACACAAUGGACUUCUCCAGGAUUCUGGUGAUCUGGACCCAUGGAAAACAAACAACUCUAUGGUAUCUCCAACAUUAAAUUCGGCCUCAGACUUCAGCAGUACAUUAUUAACUGGUGAAAAUGGACUGAUGAGUGCAAGCAACUACCUAGAUUCUGCACCCACAUCUGCUGUGAAUCAAAUUGCAGGAUUGAAGACAAAGGAUAUUGCUUCACUUCUAACAUCCAUUGGACUAGAAAAAUACAUUUGUAUUUUCACUAACCAAGAAAUAGACGUUGACAUCUUUCGUUCUCUCACUGAAAGUGAUCUCCGAGAAAUUGGUGUAACUGCCUUAGGAGCUCGUCGGAAGUUGUUACUUGCAAUUUCAGAGCUCAACAAACGCCAGAGCCCAUUCUCUGGAAGUGCGGCCCCAGGAGCUGAACGUAAACUUGGUUCAACAAUAAAUAACAGUCCAAUAGGAGAUAAAUGGUAA